GCUUACAGCGGGCCCCGGGGCGUCUGUGGCCGGUUUUGCUACUCCGGGUUAGCUGCCCGGGCUGAAUCUCCACGCGCGGUUGCUCUGAGCCUUCAUGAGGCGUGUCGGGAGCUGGGGGGAGAUCACAUUUUUGGAGACUGUACCCAUCCUUGAGAAAAUCCCAGAAAAAGAACAUGGCUCCAGAGCAAAGGGAAGGGGAGUCUCAGGUAUCAGUGACAUUUGAAGACGUGGCUGUGCUCUUUACUCGGGAUGAGUGGAAGAAGCUGGAUCCCUCUCAGAGGAGCCUGUACCGAGAGGUGAUGCUGGAGAACUACAACAACCUGGCCUCGCUGGGAUUUCCAUUUGCCAAACCAAAGAUGAUCUCCGUGUUGCAGCAAGGAGAAGAACCCUGGAAAGUAGAGAAAAGUCAUGGAUGCCCCUCCCUUGGAUGUAAGAGCAGUCUUCAAACGACAAAAUCAACUCAAACUAAAGAGUCUUCAUUUCAGGGAUUAAAGAGGGAACAACACAAAAGGGAUGAGUCCUGGGACAGUUUUAAAAAACAGUACAAGAAUGAGAGCUUGCAAAUAAUUUCAAUCACCCAUACAAAAAUUCUUAAUGUAGAUAAAAGCCAUAAGAAUUUUGUUGGCCCAAACGUCAGCCUGAAGUCUAUUGGUAAGCAAAAGAUUGCUAGAGAAAAAACACAAAGAAAUAGCCUCAAGGAAAAUUCAGAUUCACUCAGUCAACCAAAAAUCAAGACAGCAGAAAAACGCUAUAAAUGUAGCACCUGUGAAAAAGCUUUCAUGCACAACUCAUCCCUUCGAAAACAUCUGAAAAACCAUACUGGAGAGAGAUUAUUUCAAUGUAAAGAAUGUUUGAAAGCUUUCAGCCAAAGUUCUGCUCUUAUUCAACAUCAAAGAACUCAUACUGGAGAGAAACCAUACAUAUGUAAAGAGUGUGGGAAAGCCUUCAGCCAUAGUGCAUCCCUUUGUAAACACCUAAGAACUCAUACUUUAGAGAAAUCCUAUACAUGCAAAGAAUGUGGAAAAUCAUUUAGCAGAAGGUCUGGCCUUUUCUUGCAUCAAAAAAUCCAUGCCCGAGAAAAUCCUCAUAAAUACAACCCAGGUAGGAAGGCAUCCACCUCCCUUCCAGGAUGUCAGAGAACUCAUUCCAGAAAGAAGACCUACUUGUGUAAUGAGUGUGGCAAUACCUUUAAGUCUAGCUCAUCCCUUCGUUACCAUCAGAGGAUCCACACUGGAGAGAAACCUUUCAAAUGUAGCGAGUGUGGCAGAGCCUUCAGUCAGAGUGCCUCGCUUAUUCAACAUGAGAGAAUUCACACUGGAGAAAAGCCCUACAGAUGUAAUGAAUGCGGAAAAGGCUUCACUUCCAUCUCAAGACUCAACAGACACCGAAUAAUUCAUACAGGAGAGAAAUUGUAUAACUGUAGUGAAUGUGGCAAAGCCUUAAGUUCCCAUUCAACCCUUAUUAUUCACGAAAGAAUUCACACUGGAGAGAAACCAUGCAAAUGUAAAGUUUGUGGGAAAGCCUUCAGACAGAGCUCAGCUCUGAUCCAGCAUCAGAGAAUGCAUACUGGAGAAAGACCCUAUAAAUGUAACGAGUGUGGGAAAACUUUCAGGUGUAACUCAUCCCUAAGUAACCAUCAGCGGAUUCAUACUGGAGAGAAACCAUAUCGAUGUCAGGAAUGUGGGAUGUCAUUUGGCCAAAGUGCAGCUCUUAUUCAGCACCAGAGGAUUCACACAGGAGAGAAACCCUUUAAAUGUAACACCUGUGGGAAGAGCUUUAGACAAAGCUCGUCGCUUAUUGCACAUCAGCGAAUUCAUACCGGGGAGAAACCCUAUGAAUGUAGUGCAUGUGGGAAGCUCUUCAGCCAGAGGUCCUCCCUUACCAAUCAUUACAGAAUUCAUAUUGAAGAGGACUCCUUGAACACAGAUUUGCAUCAGUAAAAAAUUAACCAAAGUUCCUCACAGAAUACAUUCUUCACAUUGACUUAAUAAGUAUAGUGAAUGUGAGGAACCCUUUUAAUUUAGUCCUAUAAGAUAUUAAAAUUGGAAGAAAACUUGGUCAUAUAAUAAUUAACAGAAAAUUUUCAAAUCUGUCAGUCACUUUUUAAGGUCAGCUACUACACUGUUGUAGACACUGACAUUGGCCGUUUGUAAGGUAAAAGGAACACUUUUCUUUUGUCCACAUUAUAUAAUAUAUGCAAUAUAUAAAUGCUAGAAAAUUCUGAGUUCAGGAGUGCUGGGUUCAGUAGCAAAAGGAAUAGCAGCUAUUAGUGUAUUGACUGUGGCUUAUAUUUUAAUAGUAAAUAAAAUAUAUGCAUUUUUAAAGCAGCGAACCAAACGCAAAGACAAAACUACCUCACACUGUCUUUUCCUAAGCUGUUGUCAAAUUGCAUGGUUUUUAUUUAAAAAAAAAAACUGUUCUCUUAAAUAUUUGUUCUUCGAAUUUUCAAACUUCUCUACAAACAUUUAAUACACAUAUUUUAAUUUUGUGCUGUGAAUUAUUUUCCUUCAUUGCCUUCAAUCAUUAAUUAUGAAGCUAUGUCCUGUAAUGUUAAAUACUUGUCUUAGUUACCUUAGAGCAAGACAGCUAGCUAAACUUGCCAAAAUGAGCUGUGACAGCAAUUAAGGAAGAUACCUGACAUCAACUACCCCCCUUCACAUCAUACACAUGAACCCCCAAACACGCAUGCCACACAGAAAUAUAUAGGGCAAAAUUCCAUUCUCCAAUGCUAGUAUGUGGGCAUAACUGAGUUUUACAUAUUUGCUUUAUAUAAGUAAGCUGGUUAUUUUAUGUAUGCAUGACACAUAUCUGCAUACAAAUAUAUUUCCUUUUAAUACUAUAUUUGUAAAUUCUUUGCAUUCACAAUCAUGUUAUCUAGAAAUACCAUUUUUUCUCAUGUAAUCAUAUUUUUCUUACAAUUUUAGUUUUUCUCAUCUGGUCACAGUGUCUUUCAUUUAUUUUUCUGCAUAACAUGGCACCAUACAGUGAAUAUAAAUGAUAAUACUUUAACAUUUAACAUACUAGCUUCAGUAUGUGGAUGCUUGUUCUGAAACUGAAACAAAAAGGGAGCAGCAUUUUGUUGUAUCCACUUUCUGCUUUGACUAAAAAAAUGAUAGUUUUCUCUUCACUGUUUUAAGAAUAACAUUGAUUCCUCUUCACUGUGUUAAGAGUAACAUUGUUCUCAUUUCCACCACCACAGGGUCUUAUUAGACCAGGUUGGCCUAGAUGUCAACUAUGCAGCAAUCUUCCUGUCUUAGCCUCCUAAAUGGUAGAUUACAGGCGUGCACCAUUGUACCCAGCAAUUGUCCUAAUUUUGAUGGUUCAUGGAUGAAAUAAAUUCUUAUUCACCAUGCUAUAUAACGUGUGUGU